CGGCUUCCACUGACGCGUAGCCUCGUCUUCCUCCCGUCCGUCCCUGUCUCUACUCUGAAUCCAGUACUGGAAUAUCUUUUUUUUUUCUUCCUCACGCGCUACGGCCACCAGCGCGAAUCUACCCGAGCUGGUGCUGCUACCGGAGUAGUAGGCGGAGAUGAUACGGUACCAGGUGCGCAACGAGUACGGGCUGGCGGAUCCGGACCUGUACGCGCCGGAGGAGGAGGAUGACCCGGAGGCGCUGCUCGAGGGCGUCGCCAUGGCGGGACUCGUCGGCGUGCUACGACAGCUCGGGGAUCUCGCUGAGUUUGCGGCGGAAAUUUUUCACGACCUGCAUGAAGAUGUGAUGGCCGCUGCUUCUAGAGGGCAUGGUUUGAUGCUUAGGUUGCAGCAGCUGGAGGCAGAGUUUCCUGCAGUUGAGAAGGCGAUUAUAAUAUCACAGACUGACCACUUAAACUACCUACACGAUGACGGUAUCGAGUGGCAUGCGAAUCUUCAGCUUAAUCAGAAUUUGAUCACGAUAGGAGAUAUGCCUCGUUUCAUUUUGGAUUCCUACGAAGAAUGCCGUGGCCCACCGCAUCUAUUCACGCUGGAUAAGUUCGAUGUUGCUGGUGCCGGGGCUUCAUUAAAAAGAUAUUCAGACCCCUCUUUCUUUAAGAUGGGACAGACCUCUAGCAUGAUUGAAACAGAUUACUUCAGAGAAAAAAAUCCCCGUAAAGUAAAGAAAAAGGCUAUGCGCAGGAAAGGGGAAACAUUGGAAUCGUUGCUUGUUGCGAAUUCUGAGUCUCAAAUAACUUCCUCAAAAGAUAGAUCUUCUAGAAAAGUUCCACCAAGGACAACAAAGCUGAAACCCAGGCAUCCGCAAACUAUAAGCAGAAUCUGCAGGGAACAGUUGGAAGAAGUAAUUUUAUCACAACAAAAAAUCCUGUCAAACUAUUCUGCAAGGUACUACCAUGCAAAUUUUAGGUCAACCGACUCAAGUGAAAUAAUAUCUUCAUGUGGAGAAUUAGACAACUUCAGUGCUGCUGCUCAGUCUUCUGCUAAACUUGAAAUGAAUAAGGUUGUCCCACUAGAUGAAUCUGACACCUUGGUGACUGCAUCUGCACCCAUUAAUGGGUCGGUUUUCCUCAAGGUAGAUGAUCGUCAAUUUCUGGCAACACAACAUGAACAUGCCGAAAGGGAACAGAUCUGUGAGGGAUCUCUUGUGGAGCAAAAUGACAUAUUCUCAACCUCAGGAAGGUUGCAGGGUGGUACAGAUUUUAAGGAUGAGGAAAGCAAUUGUCAAUUGCGGUCAGUGCGGGAAGACAAACUUCAAUCAGCUGUGGCUCCUGUUAACCAUGAUGAUGGCCACUGCAGGCUUGAUGAAGAAGGUAGCGAUCAAGACAACUUUAUUGAUGCUGUUAAUACAGAAUCAGAAAGUGAAACAGACCAUGACAUGGAAAGUAAAAGGGAUCUCAGUACCAAAAUGAAAGCAAGUAAGUUGAACUAUCAUGGCAAGGAAGUUGAAAGUGCGGCGCAUGUACAGAUUUCAGAACUAGGUCCUGCCAUAGACCUAUCACCAGGGUUGAACAAUCCAUGCAAUGGCAGAGAAUCAACCCGUGCAGACUCAUUUUUGCUAAGUGAUUCUUCUCCUUCUGUAGUUUCAGACACAAAAGAUACAGACUCUGAUUCAGAUUCGUGUAGACAAUUGAGUAGUGGUAGCUGGAUCAACAACAGAGAGCCUUUUAAUGAUGUUGAGCUAAUGGAUGUCAGUUCAUCAUCCAGUGUAACCUCUGAUGACAAUGGCAACUUUGAAACCAACAAUGAUCUCAAUGGCUGUAAACAAAACCAGGAGGUUUCUUUUCUCCCUCCCAAUGAUUAUCAUGCCGCUGCUGCUGCCCCUAGUUCUGAUGAAAAGUUAUCCCAGACAUCUAGUUGCUUGGAUGGGUUAGCUAUCAGCAGCAGUGAUUACCACGAAAUAGCAUAUCGCUCAGCGGUGAAUGGUCAAGACAAUAUGCUAGGCGGUAGUUCUACUAUGUUUGGACAACCUAAUGAUGUUUUGCAUGAUGGUGGAGAAAUCAGAGUUCCAGAUGCUGACGAUUUCUUACUCCACAGUAGCACACCUAAUCAAGAGCAAAUACAGUUGUCCAAGAACCAGUUUGAAGAAUGCACAUCUGUUGAUACAGUUUCCCAAGGAACAGCUAGCAAACUUGUAACAAGGCCGGACAUGGAUCCUGUUGUGCACAUGAAGGACUUGGAGUUGGAAAAUAUUGCAUUUCCUGAAGAAAUUAAUAUGAGCACAGCACCAACUAGUUUGGAUCCUGAUAACAUCCACAAGCAUCUAGAUGGGGCUGUACAUUCAAGCAUGCCGUAUAAUCCAUUGUAUGAAGCAGAUCAUGAUGAAAUUGUUGAAGAGUUGCAAUGUUUACCAGCUGAAGACCUAUAUAAGCAUGUUGCAGAGGAUCAAGACAUAUUUAUGCUGGAAAAGGGGCCUUGUUCAGUUAGGCUCGACGCACAGAAAGAGGAUCCUAUGCAGAUGUCUGUUGAGCUCACACACUUAUCUAAUGUUCAAACGAUUCCAGGACUUACUGAAUCUGAAUCAACUCCCCAAGAUGACACAGAAGCUCAUGUAAAUGAGACGCUCGAACCCUCUCCACGUGUGUUGAAUGAUGUUACAAAACCAUCAAUUAUUGAUGCCCCACCAGCAUGUAAUACUGCCCCUCUACUUGGUGCCAGCAAUUCCUGCAUGGAAUACCGUGAAUCAACUGAGACUGGAAAAGGUGUGGAGCAUGGUGAAGUUCUGGUUGAUGCUGAGGUUGCAGACGAAUCAAUUCCCAGCAUGUUUGAAGAUGACAUGGUACCUUGGGAAGAGGAGCGUAACGAUGGUGCCAAAUAUACUGAGAAAGCAGAGGUUCUGGUUAUAAAUUCUAGGGAGGAAAACUGUAGGCAUGGUGCACCGUCGCAAUCAAGUUCUCCUUUCAGGGAAGACAUGGAAACAGUUGAAGCUACUUGUGAAACUGUUGGAUCACCAGAAGAGUCAGGAGGACAUAUCUACAAUGAAAGUAUGUUGCAGCCAGCCAUUCUUCAACAGCCUGUUGAAAUAGAAACUUCAAGUGAAACAUCCGGGGGCAAUCAUGAUAUUCAAUACGUUCCAUCUCCACAUCAUCUGGAAGAAUCUUUUUGUCAAGAGGAAUUGCCAGAAGAGACCACUCUUAGUGCUGAAGUUCCAUGUCAGUGUGAUUUGAACAAGGAUGUUGCAGUAAGCAUGAACAGUAACAUGGUUGGGGAACAACCAUCACAUGUCGGUCAAGAUUUGCUGAGUGAGUUGUCUGCUCAAGAGUCGUUUGCUACAAAUCCAUUCAUGGAUCCUCGGUACAGAGUGAGCUCUACUGAUCCUUCACCCGUUAUGAGCUAUCAACCAUAUUGUUCUGAAGAAGAACAGGAUUUUCUUUCAGAACUUCUAAUCCAACAUGGUCACAUGAAAGCAGAAGAGAACCAGUACCCACUUAAUGAUGAUUCCCUUUGGGAAUCUGCAACUCCACCUGAUGAAGCACCAUUAGCAUCCGAAGUUAUGACUGAGCAGGACUUUGGAUCCUUCUGCCAUGAGUACCAUGAGAUGAAUUUUACUGCUGCCACAGAAGGUUUUGAUGAUGAACCAACCUCAGACUUCAACGAUAAUAUAAAUGGUUGUGUGGCCAGUGUACUGGACUUCCCUUGUUCUGUCUCUGUGCUGCUAACGGAGUUAGAUCAGAAAGCAGAUUGCUCUAAGCCUGAUUCUCCGCUUGCUGAAUGUUCAUCUACCGGCGAUAUACUAGGCGAGACAUCGAUGCCCUUUUCUGCCAGGGAGGUUCCUGAUGGCAAGACAGCAGGAGAUGAUUCUGGCUUGAGUCUCCAUGAUGAGAAAUGUCCUGAACUUAUUACACCUUCUGUUCCAGUGAAAAUAGAGCAGGAACAACAGGCCUUGCAUGGGGUUGUUUCUGAUAGUGGUACUGGUUUGUUCGAUAAUGAAAAGACUGGUGAAAUUUAUGGCUCUCCUUCAGGCAAAGUUGCUCCAGUGCAAGAAGAGCAGGAAGCGUGUGCUAACCUUGUUCCACGUGUUGUUAUUAAUGAAAAAUUAGAUGCACUGGAUGCUCAUUUUAUUAACUCCCUACCACUGGAACCGGCAUUAGGUGCCAGGGGCUUGGAUGAACUGGAUGUCCUUCCUUCAAGCAAACCUGUUCUAACACAGGAAUCAGACGUUCAUGUCUUAGAUGAACUUCAUUCCCAAACAGUUUCAUCUUCCUCAACCAAAAAGAUGGCUGACGAUCCAGAUGUCCCUCGUUGUAAUAACGAGGUUCGUGAACUAGAUGGGACUCCAUCAUCCAAUGUCCAAGCGGAAGCACAGAACGGGUCCUAUUACUCCCCUGAAUUUAAUUCCCGAGUUACUCCAUAUUCUUCAGUAAAUGAUAAAAUCGAUGGACAAGGUGCUGCUACAUCAAUAAAUGAUAUUGAGGCAGAACAAGGGUGGGAAACUUGUGCAUCCCCUGAGUUGGAUACCCCUCCUUGCAAUGAUCUUCUAGUGGAAAAGGAGCCAGAAGUUUGCGGUCCAGGUGGACUUGAUUCUAAAAUUUCUCCAUGUUCUUUGCCUGACGAGAGAAUAGAUGAACUAAGUUGUCCUCCUUUGAGUAGUUCUACGUUAGUAGAAAAUGAGUUUGAAGAUCAUGUCUCAGGUGACCCCGAUUCCAAAAUUGCUCCAUAUUCCUCGGUAAAUGAUAAGAUUGUUGCAUCAGGUGCUGCUACAUCAGUAAGUGAUACCGAUGUAGAGUUAGGGUGGGAAGCUUGUUCGUCUCCUGAAUUAGAUUCUCAAAUUGCUCCAUGUCCCUUAAUUGAUUACAAGGUUAGUGAACUAGAUGGGACUCCACUACCCAAUGUCCAAGUGGACGCAGAGAAUGGAUCAUAUUACUCACCUGAAUUUGAUUCCCUAACCGCUCCAUAUUCUCCAGUAAAUGGUACUGCAGUAGAACAAGGAUGGGAACCUUGUGCACCGCCUGAAUUGGAUUUUCAAAUUGCCCCGUGUCCCUUAAGCGAGGACAAGCUCGGUGAACUAGAUGGACCAUCAUCAUCCAAUGUUCAAGUGGAAGCAGAGAAUGGAUCUUAUUACUCCCCUGAAUUAGAUUCCAGCAUCACUCCAUAUUCUUUAGUAAAUUAUAAGAUUGACGGACAAGGUGCCAGUACAUCAAUAAAUGAUACGGAGGUAGAAGAAGGGUGGGAAGCUUGUGCAUCCCCUGAGUUUGAUUCCCAAACUGCACCGGGUUCUUUAUAUUCGGGUGCAAUAGCUGAAAGAUCAACAAUGACUUUUACUUCUGUUAUGCCUGAGGAAGACUGUUGGCAGUCUCCUGUUCCACCACAGACUAAACCAUUUCAAAAUGUAUCCAGUGAAGAUCCUCAGAAGCCACCCCCUCUUCCUCCCCUUCAGUGGAGGCUUGGAAGGCCUCGCUUAGGACUUCUGAGUACAAAAGACCAUAUGCCUGACCCUGUAAUGAGAACAACUUCUUUGCCUGCAUUGAGCCAAGAUAUUGAUAACAGCCUAGGAUCACUUGACAGAAUGACAGAACCAGUAGCAUCAGUUUCCUCUCGGGACAUCGAAGAGAGGUAUCAGAGUUCUAUUGUAGCCGAUAAUGAUCAAAGGGUAGAAUCUGGAAUAUCUUCUACACUUCCAGUAGUAGAUGCUGUUGCAAGGGAACAUGACAGACCAUUUUCAGAGGCUUCUGGGAACAUCAAGCAUGAGGGGCACGUCACUUCAUCACAAAUGGAGGCUGAAGAACAUCUGAAUGAUAGUGGGAUCACUGAACAUGUGACUAACCAGCAGGACCCUCAACAGGACCUCUUAUGUUCAGAUGUUUCGGAUAUCACUGAGCAUGUCAGCCAUACGGACCCAUCUGCGUCUGAGGAUGACAAAAGAGUUGAUGAUCACAGUGCCACAGGUAGUGCGCAUUUAGACACAGUAAGCUCUUCAGCACCAGAGCGUGUUUCUGAAAAUGGUAGUUACCAGGAACCUCAGCAUGGUGAAUCAUUCUCAGGGACUUCAGAAAAUGAGUAUAGUUCCAAUGCAUCAUAUGAGCAGAACAAUCUGAAAGAUCAGUCGUCCAUCACAAGUGGUGUACCUUCAGACACAGCAAAACAUACUGGAUCAAGCUCAGCAUUAGGAGAGGGAAAUAGCCAGGAGAGUCAGUUACAGGAACAUGAUGCAGAGAACCGCGAGGGUGGUCUGUCCGAAGGCCUGUCACCUACUGCAGAACAAACAGUAUCUGAAGAUUAUCCCCAUGAUGAUCAUAAUGUGGGGAGCGAGAUUAUACACCAACCAAAUCUUUUGUGGCCUAGCAAUACAAAUAAGUAUCUCGGUGGCCUUGGUGAUGGUAGCUAUACACAAGCUGAACAGCCACCUGUAGUGGGAUGGACUGUGGGACCUCAGAUGCUUCAUCCUAAUUAUGGAAUAUCAAUGGAAGGGAUCCAAUUUGAACCAGAGAUCACAGAUCAUCGCUUAACCAGGAAGCCAAUUUCAAUAAGAAACAUCCCAAGAAAUCCAUUGGUUGAUGCUGUUGCUGCGCAUGAUAGAAGCACGAUGCGCAAGGUUUCAGAACUUGCCCCCACAACUGAUAAGCCGGAUACCAAUGAUAGAAACUUAUGGCUAGAGCAGAUAAGGAACAAGACAUUUGACCUGAAACCUGUGGGUUCUGCUAAACCGGCAUCCAUGAGAGCCCCUGCUAGAGCCUCAUCUGGGAACCUGAGAGUUGCUGCAAUAAUAGAGAAAGCAAAUGCCAUACGCCAGGCGGUGGGAAGUGAUGAUGAAGACGAUGAUAACUGGAGCGACACAUAACACACUCAUUAUCUUUGCCAUAUUGGCGUUUUUUCAUCGCCCCAUGGCAGAGGUGCCAACCCAGCAAGAAGAUCUUGGACAGGGUGCACAAUCAUUGUCAUCUUUUGGUCCUAGGAUUAUUAGUCUUGUCUUUUGUAUAUAUAGUAUAUGCCCAAAUGUGUUAAGUCCUUUCGCCGUUCUUCUGUGCAUUCUUUUUUGGCUUCAUUGUAUGUAUACUUGCCUCCCCCAGCAGCAAAGGCUGUUGGUGGUAGCAUGUUCGUAGGAGACCACAUUCUUUGGUCUCAUGUAAAUUGUUAACCUUUGAUUGUAUUAUUAGCAUAGAAGAUGAAUUUAUCUUGAAAUGCAAGCAUGGUUAGUAUGCUGUGAUUA